CCCCGUUUUCCGAGUUUUUUUAUUUUUAUAUUUUUUCGAUUAAAAAUUUAAAUAAAUCCAAAAGGUGCGCUGGGCCUUUUCUCUCGCAAGAUCGCGCCGCCUCAAGCCCAAGCGCCGCCACCUCGCCGCCUCAAGCCCGAUUCGCCGCCUCGCCGCCGGCCCGAUCGCACCGCUCCAGGUCUCUACCGCAUCCGCUCCACGCUCCAACUCCAGGUCACAGCCGCCAAGUUCCCGGCCGCCGCCGCCAGUGUGGCUCCGCCGCCGCCGCUCCCUGCUCCACCGCUCUCAUGCGACGCGCCCGUCCAUCGCCCCGGCCGAGUUCCACCGGAGCCCCGCCAGGGCCGGCACGUGCGCGGCUCGCUACUCUCAAAAAAAAAAAAUUUGUUGUGAAUUCCCCCCAGAACUCUCCGCGUCCCCCCAAAGCCCCCCAGGCUCCCAGAGUCCCAGCGCCCUCCACUUACCCAUGGCGGCGCCGGAGCAGGAGCCCAAGCCCGAAGCCGUAGGCCCAUCGCCAUCCCGCGAGCCGCCUCUGGAGCCAGAAGCCUAUACCCCUGCCACUGCCGGCGGCCGGGCGCUGCAGCCAUGGGAGCAGCACGCCGCCGUGAUCAACCUCCCGCGCUACGACUACCACGCGUCGGUGUCCCUCCUCCUCCGCUCCUGCUCAGGCUUCCUCAUCACCUGCCCCAUCAAUUCCAACUUUGCUAGCCUGAUCUUUAUUAAGAGCUUUGACAUGGGCAUCGACAAGAUCUGUGGCAUCUUUGUAGUCCAUAAUGCAAGUUCCAUCUGCAGUGGAAAUCCUUCCGUGUUCAUGCGGCUCUGGCCUUGGAGCUUCCCCUAGCCGUCCCUCUGGGUCCGAUCCAAUCACGUUGAAGUAUCUAAUUUAUCGGAACCAGGAACCAACUUAGAAUUAUUCUAUGGAUUAUAUUCUAAUCUAGGUAAGGAAAACCAAACCUUAAGAUCAUGACAGCCAUGUUCAAUUUCUUUGACUUUGUGAAAUCUAAAAUGAUGUCCUCUGACAUCUUCUUUGCCUUUCCAUAUGGGUUGAUGGGAUUCUGCAUUUGUCUAGCAAAUAGUUAGAAUGAAACUAUGGAUAUUAUCCAUAGAACUUGGAAAAGGGCUCAUGCAUUGAGAGGCCAACCUGAGGAGUUGUUUCUACAAUAGGCAUCGGAUCAGGUUCGCCAUAUGUUGAUUUCAAGCAACACUGUGGAAGUAGAUGGCCAUAUAUGGAGAUUUUGUUACGAUGAUAAAGGAAAAUAAGGGUGUUUUGCUACAUACACAUCAAAGAAUUGCACAGGAAUCAACCAAACUAGCAUGCGAUUGGAAGAAGGGGUGCCCCUGGCUGGCUUUUCUAGCUCCAUGGUCCUGGACGCUUCCAAAGGAAAAAUAAACAUCCUUUUCGUCUUCGAGCAUAUUAUAUAGCUCCUGCCGAAUGCUCCCUCCCUGGAAAAGGAUGAUGCAACAUAUUAGCUUAUGAAACACAAAUUGUCGGUAAAUGACAGAAAAUGGUGGGUAUUUCAAUAUGAUUUCUAAUACACCCGUGGUGGGUAUUUCAAAUGCACUACUCUAUGUAUUUCAAAACCCGCUGUGGCUGGGACGACAGUUCUGAACCAGAGACCACCUUGCCCAAUGGUUAUGUGACAUUCUGUGGAAACAAAGUACCCCUAAGGGCUUAACUUUAUGAAGUAUACAACAUUAUUGUAAAACAUAAAUACAUUUGAGUUUGAGGAAAAACAUAUUGUAGUAUGUGCUGAUCUUUCUACCUUUUCUCUUUGUUUAGCAUUGGUUCCGAAAUAAGAUAUAUGUUUUUUAGUUGAACAUUGGUUCUUAGUUUGGAUCUUAUUUACUUUGUAGUUUAGCCCUUUGCAGAAUGUGACAUGUUUUCUAAUAAUA